CGGAGCAAAUCCCAAAGUAAAUGUCCGCUUUCUGAUUUAUUUCCAUUUCCCUCCGAGGGAAGUUGGGGCGUUUGUGAAGCGUCUCCUGCGGCCGGAGUCUGAUGUAUCGCUGAGAGAGCAUCACCAGUAGGCGGAACUUACCUUCACCGGGACCAAACUGUAAACAAGAAGACGACAAUCGUCAGAACAGAAUGGACACAGGUGGGAAAUUAAAUCGGGUACAGCAAGUACUGAAGAGAUUUUUGCCAGGCAGCUCAUCAAGAGAAGAUGAUCAGGACAUGGGCAGCAAGUUACCGAAACAGGGUCGGAUUGAGAGCAAUGUCCCAGUUGAAUGUGGUCCGGCCGCAGAGGAGGAGGAGCAAAUUCAGCCCAGAGACCUUGAGGUCGGAGGCACCGUUCAGGACCCUGGAACCAGCACAAGUGAGGCGACUGUCUGUCAGCUCGGAAGCUCAUUGAACACAGAAUUGUCAAGUCCCAAACGAGGAAUGGACUCAGCGUCUACAAUCUCUGAUCUCCUGGCACAGUGGGACGAAUAUCGACUGUACCAACUGACAAAGUUCUACAGGGACAGACUGAAACAAGCAAUUGAAGAGAGGGUUGAAAGACUCGGUUGGAUGUUGACAAAGGAGGGACAUUUCAGUAGGGAAGAAAACGAGAAAGUCACUGAACUGACAGAGAAGGGAAACCGGACAGAGAGUUCCACACUCUUCCUCAGUUUGGUGAUGGGCAAAGGCUCGCGAGCCCGGAGGGCGAUGUGGGAAUCCUUUGUGACAUGGAGGACUGAGUUACCAAAGUUGGACAAAGUACUGAAGGAAAUACAGGAGCUCGGUCCUGAUCCACAGGAUUACAUGAACAUUGCCCAAGGGUUAUCUGUGUUACCCACUCAACUGAUAGAUGUUCAACAGAAACACAAGGAGACUCUGCGGGCACAGACUGAAACGCUGAGAGUGAACACGAUCCUGAUGAGGGAGAAGGUGAAGGUCUUCCAGCUGGUUGAUCGAUACGCUGAGCUCACGGUCAUUUCUACUGUUCGACAUCGGAGACUGGUGGAACAUGAGCUGCUAGCAAGAGGCAGAGAUCACGAGGAGUGGAGAGGGAAACACCUCCGUGCAGAGCUGGAAAAAAUCCGGACUGACCAACUAUUCCAAAGCAGCUUUUCCCAGAGUAAAUCCAAAUCUGGGAGUUCAGCAGCAGUGGCCGGAGUCCCAGGGAUUGGGAAAACAACAAUGGUACAAAAGUUUGUUUACGACUGGGCCAUGGGGAAAAUAUACCAACAGUUCCAGUUUGUCUUCAGUUUCAAAUUCCGGGAUUUAAACUCCAUUAACUGUAGAAUAAACCUGAGGGAACUGAUUCUGGAUCAGUAUCCUUACUUUGGGAAUUUCCUGAGAGAGGUCUGGAAAAACCCAGAGGGAUUGCUCUUUAUAGUUGAUGGUUUGGAUGAAUUCAAGCACAGAAUCGAUUUUGCUGACAGUCGGAGAGAUACAGAACCCAAGCACCAGUGCCCAGAUCCGGAGUGGUGGUGUGAAGUGUCGGAUAUUGUGUACAGUUUAAUCCAGCACAAGCUGCUCCCAGGGUGUUCAGUGCUGGUGACCACCCGCCCCACUGCGUUACAUUUAUUGGAAAAGGCAGAGAUCAGUGUCUGGGCUGAAAUCCUGGGAUUUGUCGAUGAAGAACGGAAGAGAUAUUUCGUCAGGCAUUUUGAAGAUCAGACAGUGGCAGCAGCUGUUUUCAAACACGUGAAGGAGAAUGAGAUCCUGUACACCAUGAGCUACAACCCCUCCUACUGCUGGAUCCUCGCUCUGGCACUGGGCCCCUUCUUCACGAAAAGAGACAGGGAUCCACAGCAAGUUCCCAAGACCAUCACCCAACUAUAUUCCUACUAUAUUUACAACAUCCUGAAAAACCACGGCCGUGAGAUUGAGAAUCCCCGUGAUGUGUUAUUCAGGGUUGGUCAGAUGGCCUUCACAGGAGAGUCCGAGAGGAAGAUUGUGUUUACAGAUGGAGAUUUGAUCAGCUACAAUCUGCAGCCUUCCCAGUUCUUGUCUGGGUUCCUGAUGGAGCUUUUGGAGAGAGAGGAUUCUGCCCAGAGUGUGGUGUACACAUUUCCACACCUCACCAUCCAGGAGUUUGUAGCUGCAGUCGCACAAUUCCUGAAUCCGCAUCCCGGGGAUAUCCUCAAAUUCCUCACUGAAGCCCACAACACGACUGAUGGGCGAUUUGAGGUAUUUGUCCGUUUUGUUGCUGGCCUCUCCUCUCCAAUGACAGCUCGGGGCCUGGAGGAGUUUCUGGGUCCAUUUCCUCAUCAAACAACCUGCCGGGUGAUUGACUGGGUGAAGGAGGAGUUUAAACGCCAGAUUGGAAAAACAGAGAGUCAAGCUGGUAAAAGGAGCCUCCUGAACACAUUGCACUACCUGUUUGAGUCUCAGAAUCGUGGGCUGGCUCAGGCCGCACUGGGAUGUGUAGGAAAUAUUUCAUUCAGUGACUUGCGACUAACCCCGCUUGACUGUGCAGUCCUGUCUUAUGUCAUCAGACUCUGUGACACAAUGAAACACCUCGACCUGGUUCGCUGCCACAUUCAGUGUGAAGGGCUCCAGCGGCUGGGACCCGGUUUGCAUAAGUGCCAGGAUUUGAGACUUGGGGGGAAUUACGUGGGAGAUUCAGGAGUGAAACUGGUGUCUGUGGCUCUGAGGAACCCAGACUGUAAAAUACAGAAACUGGAGCUGUACAGUGUCGGUCUCACAGAUUCUGGCACCGAGGAUCUCGCCUCCGCUUUCAGUACAAACCCAUCACUGAUGGAACUGGACCUGAGUGGUAAUAAACUGGGAGAUUCUGGAGUGAAACUGGUGUCUGCGGCUCUGAGGAACCCGGAGUGUAAAAUACAGAAACUGUGGCUGGGGGCUGUGGGUCUCACAGAUUCUGGUGCCAAGGAUCUCGCCUCUGCUCUCAGUACAAACCCAUUACUGACGGAGCUGUACCUGAGUUGUAAUAAACUGGGAGAUUCAGGAGUGAAACUGGUGUCUGCAGCUCUGAGGAACCCGGAGUGUAAAAUACAGAAACUGCAGCUGGGGGCUGUGGGUCUCACAGAUUCUGGUGCCAAGGAUCUCGCCUCUGCUCUCAGUACAAACCCAUUACUGACGGAGCUCUACCUGAGUUGUAAUAAACUGGGAGAUUCAGGAGUGAAACUGGUGUCUGCACCUCUGAGGAACCCGGAGUGUAAAAUACAGAAACUGCAGCUGAGGGAUGUCCGUCUCAGAGAUUCUGGUGUCGAGGAUCUCGUUUCACUCUCAGUAAACCCAUCACUGACGGAGUUGGACCUGGGAUCAAACUCGCUCACAGACCGAUCUGUCCCCGCUCUCCGCCGCCUCAUACUGACCCUCCUGAAUCUGGAGCGGAUCCAGCUGGGGGCCAAUCAGUUCAGUUGGACAGGGAGGAAGGAACUGAGGUCUCUGCAGGAACCCAGACCGGGACUGACAGUGAUCCUGUGA